UCCAUCGGGGGAAGAAACAGGGUAAAGAUGGCAACGCCUGCUCCAGAAUCGUCGCGCCGCUUGCUCUGUGCGGCUCUGCUCGCUGCUCCGUUUGCUGCUCUGCUAUUCCACCUCCGGAUCCCCAACCUCAAUCCCCGCAGCGCGGACACCGGCGCCGCCACCAUGGACGCGGGCGCCUCCGAGAUCGAGUUCGAUAUGCCCGGUGUCGUGCGCGUGUACAAGGACGGCCGCGUCGAGCGCUUCGACGGCACGGAGUCCGUCCCGCCGUCCCCCUCCGGCGACCCCGCCAACGGCGUGGUCUCCAAGGACGUCGUCCUCGAUGCGGCCGCCGGUAUCUCCGCGCGGCUUUACCUCCCGCCUGGUGUGGAGCCCGGGAAGAAGCUCCCCGUCGUGCUCUUCUUCCACGGCGGCGCGUUCUUGGUCCACACCGCCGCGUCCCCGCUCUACCACAAGUACGCCGCCUCCCUCGCCGCUGCGGCCCCCGCCGUCGUCGUCUCCGCAGACUACCGCCUCGCGCCGGAGCACCCCGUCCCUGCCGCAUACGACGACGCGUUCGCCGCCCUCAGGACGGUCGUCGCCGCGUGCCGCCCGGACGGCGCCGAGCCCUGGCUCGCCGCGCACGGGGACGCAUCCCGCCUCGUCCUCGCGGGCGACAGCGCCGGCGCCAACAUGGCGCACAACGCGGCGAUCCGGCUGCGGAAGGAAGGGAUCGAGGGCUACGGCGACAAGGUCAGCGGCGUCGUGCUCCUGCACCCCUACUUCUGGGGGGAAGAUCCCGUGGGCGGCGAGUCCACCGACGCCGGCUACCGCGGCUCGUUCCACCGCACGUGGGAGUUCGUCAGCGCCGGCAAGCUCGGCCUCGACCACCCGUGCGUCAACCCGCUGGCGUCGCCGGAGGAGUGGAGGCAGCUCGGCGCCGGCCGCGUCCUGGUCACCACGGCAGAGCACUGCUGGUUCGUGGAGAGGGCGCGCGCGUACGCGGAGGGGAUCAAGAAGUGCGGGUGGGACGGCGAGCUGCAGUUCUACGAGACCAAGGGCGAGGGUCAUGUCUUCUUCUUGCCCAAGCCCGACUGCGACAAUGCCGUCAAGGAGCUCGCCGUCGUGACCGAUUUCGUCAGGCGCUGUUGAGGCCAGCCGCUUCGCCUUCUCCCUCCGGUCGCCGGCGAGCGGUUAGUAACUACUCUACAGUAGUAAGUAUUACCCCGUAGUAAUAAAGGGUGGAAUACUGGAAUGUACCGUUUAUGAUUUUUAUUCUUAUAGAUGAUUUGCAACAUUGAAGGAAAAAAAUGGAAUUUUUAGUUGAUUCGGAAUUUCCUAAAUGCAUCAUGGUUUAGCAUA